AACCAUGACGAAGAGGAUUGCAGUUGUUACGGGGGCCAACAAAGGGAUAGGAUUUGAAAUAUGUAAGCAGCUUGCUUCAAAUGGGAUCAAGGUUAUAUUAACUGCUAGAGAUGAGAAGAGGGGCAAUGGAGCUGUUGAAAAACUCAAUGCUGCUGGAUACUCCGACGUGAUUUUUCAUCAACUUGAUGUGGUGGACAAGGCUAGCAUUUCUUCUUUUGCAAAUUUCAUCAAAACCCAGUUUGGGAAGCUAGACAUAUUGGAAUUGCUGGUGCCAUAAUCAAUGCAGAAGAUCGAGAGGGCUUAAAAC